AUGACAAGGACUCAGCCUACACCAGCUUCUCAACUAACACCAACUCCUCAACCUAUUAGAUUAGCACAUCACCGUAUUCUAGCUCCAGAACCAUCUCCACCUUCUCAUGCAUUUGUGACUACACUCCCUCAAAAGCGAGUAGCUCAGUGCCCCACAAUUAAUGGAGCAGCAAUAACUCCUGAGCCAUCUGAUGCUUCUCAAUUUCGAGCUUCACCACCAUAUCAAGAGAUAGCACCCCAGCAAUCAGCAACUCAGAAUGGAGGGGAUUCUGAUUCUACACUUUUGUGCACAAAACGGAAGCGUGGAAAGUCAAUUGGAAAAGGAACCCUUGAUUUGAUGUCAGCAAAUGGAGGGAAUAAAUUGAUUGUGGUUUGGGAUCCAGAUCAUUGGGUUCCUAGUGAUAAGACAGUUAGUAAAAAGUUCACUUCUAAAAUUGGAAUUACUAUUCGAGGUUAUGCUCCAGUAUGUUAUGGAGUGUGGUCUAAGAUAAAGCCUGAUACUAAGAGGAAAUUGAGGGAGAAGUUGGAGACCCUUUUUGAGGUUGAUCUCCAUCAUCCAAAAGUUCUUGCAUAUGUUGAUGGAAUAAUGGCUACAGCAUACACUCAGUUUAAAUGGAGAUUGCAUAAUCACUACAAGGAGAAUGGAACAUAUGAACGGGCACGAGCCAAGUUGCCUGAUCCAGACCUUUGGAAUAGUAGACCUCUAGAGCAUUGGCAUUGGUUGUGCGAUAAUCUUUAUAGCAAUGAGGGAUAUAUGGAGGUCUGUGCUACUAAUGCUCAAAACCGAGAUAAACAGGAAAGUACCCAUCGGGGUGGUGCAAUGCCAUUUAUUCAGCAUGCUUUGCAAGCAGCAAAGGAAGGUGGUAAGCCUGUAUCAUUUAUAGACAAUUAUGAAAACAUGUAUCAGGAUGCAGAGCAUAAGUGGGUUAGUGAAGCUAAACGAGUGAGACAUGAGAAAAUGAAGCAGAAGAGGGAAGAUAUCAAGGCAAAGCUCAUUGAAGAGGCACCAGAAGGUACUCCUAUUGAAUCAAUAGAAGUGGCUUUGAAUGACGAGAUUGCAAUUAUGGUUGAGGAGUGUGGGAGAAAAGGUGGCAAGGUUCAAGGUUUAGGUGCUUUCCCUCGCUUGGAUAUCUCAUCUUCUUCUUCUUCAAUGCCAAUAAAUUCUGAGUGGAAUGAGAUGAAAGGUAAUCUACAAAAUCUUACAUCCACUGUAAGUUGCUUGGAAUCUGAGAAUGCAAAGUUGAAAUCUAUGUUGCAAGCAAUAUUUAGCAAAUUGAAUGGGAGUGAUGACAUUAAUUGUGAUGCUGAUGAUAGCUCUGCUCAAGAAACUGAUGGUAUUGAAGGAAUUGAUCAUGACUUCUCUAAUGACUAGCUUGGUAUGGAGGGUUAGAAUGUCUUGGGUUUCAUGAAAUAUUUAGGAAUUAUCUUUCUCAUAUGUAGUUAAGGAACUACUUAGUCCUGAACAAUCGAUCCUAGGUUUUUAUUUUGAAUCCUUUUGGAAUUGCAAUUACU